AUGGCUUCUCAUCUCUUUGUGCCUCCUAAUGCUUGGAACCAGUUGCCGUUGCUGCUGCUGCUGCUGCUGCUGCUGGUGGUCUUCAAGUUUCCUGGGGCUGCUUGUGAUCUGAAUGUAUCUAGCAACUCCACUUCUCACUCUGAACCCAAGGCUCGUUUUGCUGCUGCUGCUUCGGCUGUUGCUACCACUGCUAGCUCAGAGCAGGAUGAGAGGCUGCCUGUUUUCUCUCUGGAUUAUGAUUAUGUGCAAAUUCCAUAUGAAGUGACCCUUUGGAUACUUCUUGCAUCCCUUGCAAAAAUAGGUUUCCAUCUCUAUCACAAACUUCCAGGUCUUAUGCCAGAGAGCUGCCUCCUGAUCAUGGUUGGUGCUCUUGUGGGGGGCAUCAUCUUUGGCACUGAUCACAAAUCUCCACCUGUAAUGGAUUCAAGUAUCUACUUCCUGUACCUCCUUCCACCCAUCGUCCUUGAAGGGGGCUACUUCAUGCCCACCCGGCCCUUUUUUGAGAACAUUGGCUCCAUCCUAUGGUGGUCAGGAAUGGGGGCCCUUUUGAAUGCCUUUGGCAUUGGUCUCUCCCUCUACCUGAUAUGCCAGGUCAAGGCUUUUGGCCUGAGUGAUGUCAACUUGCUUCAGAACUUGCUCUUUGGGAGCAUGAUCUCUGCAGUGGACCCUGUGGCAGUGCUGGCAGUAUUUGAGGAGGCUCAUGUGAAUGAGCAACUAUACAUGAUGAUUUUUGGAGAGGCCCUGCUCAAUGAUGGGAUAAGUGUGGUGUUAUACAAUAUAUUAAUUGCCUUCACGAAGAUGCAUAAAUUUGAAGACAUAGAGCCUGUUGACAUUUUGGCUGGAUUUGCCCGGUUCAUUGUGGUAGGGGUUGGGGGGGUGUUUUUUGGCAUCAUCUUUGGCUUCAUCUCUGCUUUUAUCACACGGUUCACACAGAACAUUUCUGCAAUUGAACCACUGAUCGUCUUCAUGUUCAGCUACUUGUCUUAUUUAGCUGCAGAAACCCUCUACCUCUCUGGCAUCCUGGCGAUCACAGCCUGUGCCGUGACAAUGAAAAAGUAUGUGGAAGAAAAUGUGUCUCAGACCUCCUACACCACCAUCAAGUACUUCAUGAAGAUGCUGAGCAGUGUCAGUGAGACCCUGAUCUUCAUCUUCAUGGGAGUGUCAACAGUAGGAAAAGACCAUGAGUGGAACUGGGCCUUUGUCUGCUUCACCCUGAUCUUCUGCCAGAUUUGGAGAGCAAUAAGUGUAUUUGCUCUCUUCUACGUGAGUAACCAGUUCCGGACUUUUCCCUUCACCAUCAAGGACCAGUGUAUUAUCUUCUACAGUGGGCUCAGAGGAGCUGGCAGUUUUUCACUUGCAUUUUUGCUGCCUUUGUCUCUAUUUCCUAGGAAGAAAAUGUUUGUGACAGCCACUCUUGUUAUUAUAUAUUUUACUGUAUUCAUUCAGGGAAUCACCAUUGGUCCUUUGGUCAGAUACCUAGAUGUGAAAAAGACCAACAAAAAGGAAUCCAUCAAUGAAGAGCUUCAUACCCGUCUGAUGGACCAUUUGAAAGCUGGAAUUGAAGACGUGUGUGGACAGUGGAGCCACUACCAAGUGAGAGACAAGUUUAAGAAGUUUGACCAUAAAUACUUACGGAAAAUUUUGAUCCGAGAGAACCAGCCCAAAUCAAGCAUUGUUUCAUUGUAUAAGAAGCUGGAAAUGAAACAGGCUAUUGAGAUGGUGGAGACUGGCAUUCUAAGUACCACGGCCCUUAUGAUUCCCCUCCAGGCACAGAGAAUUCAAGGAACCAAAAGACUUUCCCCUGAGGAUGUGGAAUCUAUGCGGGACAUUCUGACACACAACAUGUACCAAGUUCGACAAAGGACCCUGUCCUACAAUAAGUAUAACCUGAGAACAGAAACAAGUGAGAAACAAGCAAAGGAAAUUCUAAUUCGUCGCCAACAUACCUUCAGGGAGAGUCUAAGGAAAGGCAACAGCCUUCCUUGGGGAAAGCCGAGUGGCAUCAAAAAUAUACGCUACCUCUCCUUCCCUUAUAGCAACCCUCAUUCAGGAAACAGAGAAACAAGGACUGGUGUUUUUACAGAUGAUGACAGCAGUGAUUCAGUCUUCCCUCAUGUUACAUUUAAACCACAUGCUCGAACAGGGUCACUUCAAGAAAGACGACAGCAGCCAGAGAUGAUUCCAAUGGAGAGGUUGCGUAGAGGGGGGAGAUCUUUAAACUUGGGUGGUCAAAGAAGUGCUGCCCGAGGAGACCAAAUGAGCAGAGUGAGGCCACCUUUAAUACCAAAGCCACAGUUUCAUGCAGUGGAUGAGGAGUAUGAAUCGGGAGAAGAAGAAGAGGAAGGCGCAAGAGUGGUGGGGUCUAGAUGGACAGCAGAACCCAGAAAUGGGAAAGAAUACCACCAAUCCCAUAGUCCUCUGCUCCCAAGAAAAUAAUAUUAUUCUCCAUAAGACAUUGCCUUUCUCUCCAGCAAGUUAGUCUUCUGCAUUUUACUUGUCGCUUUGAAAGAGGAGUUUUCAGAGUUUUGAAGAGGACAAUUAGGUUGGGUUUGCUUUCCCAAGCUAAGGAAAAGAUUAGAUAGGUAUCUGUGAAGGCAGAAGAAAAACCAUCUGUGGAAAGGUCAGCCGAGUCAUGUUUUGGAACUCUAACUAUUAACUAAGCAAGUUGAACCACAUUCUUAGCUGACACAAUGUUGUGGGAGAACUCCUAAUGAGUGAUGAAAGAUAAUUAUUCUGAAGGCAAUUAACUACUAAGAAUUACCAUGAAGUGGUAUAGCAUGAGACUCCAAUCCAUGCUAGAUAAUUCAGGUAAAUCAGUGGUGCGUGCUGUACCCUAUGAAUGUGUAGCUUUUAACUGUGUACUCUGGUGUAUUUCCCACUUGGACAUUCAUUAUACAGUCUCCUAUUUCCGGGGUAGAUAAAUCCAUAGAAUCAAAGUUAUAAAAGUUGUAAUUAUUUUUUAACAUUUACUCACUACUCCUAACAGGUAAUACAUAGGCCAUAGGAUUAGUCUCUGUGAAGUGAAUUUGUAAUAUACGGUGUGACCAAAACAAACAGAAGUUUCCACAUCAUCAUCGUUCCAGCUGAAUGUUUGAAUAUCAUCAUCCAAACAAAAGUAUUGACUGAGUGUUACCUUUGUGUAGUAUACUCAGCUAGGCAUUGGC